AUGAGCCGCAAAAGCUAUGUGGAGGACGUUCCGGACAACGUGUCUGAUACCUACGGCGACUACGAGGAUAAUAGCGACGAUGAUCAUAGGUCGCCCAUCGAGCCGCUCCCCAAGGCCCCGACGCCUCCUCCCGUCCCUGAGAUGGUCGCCUUUGCUCGCGAAGAGACCCAAUUAGUACGGUACGAUUACGACGCCAAUGAGUGCCUUGUCGAAGGUGACGAGUUGGUCCAGUACGGCGCUGGACCCAUCCCCGCCACCGCGUACCAGACUCCCGCUGCCAAAGUUGCGCGGAAAAAGAGCAAGGAAGGAACCGAUGUCAAGACCGACAAGAAGCGCAAGCGACUUCACAUCGAGACCGACCAAGUCAUGACUGAUGCGCCCCCGUUCUUCACUCUGGCCUUACUGGUGGCCUGA